CAACCUGUCAAUCACAUGACAUCACAGCAAUGGCCGAGUUUCACUCAGAUAUACAUCACAAAAGGGAAGUUGACCACAAGUUUAUUCACCAAGAAGACGAGUGCUGACUACAUCUACAACAAACAAGGAAGAUCAUCAUUUAAUGUUUGAUGGUUAAAGAGCAGAAAUGUCUGAUGAUAUUUAUGAAGAUGUGAUCAGGACUGAGUCUGAGAGAAUGAACACAGACAGAAUGGAGAUGAUGGUGGAAAUCUAUGAGAGUGCAGAAUGUGUGAGAGAUCAUGACUUCAGGACAGAGACAAACACACUCCAACCACUUCAGCGUACAGGAAGUGUUUGUGUGAAGAUCAGAAGCUCCAGAGCAGCUGCAGUGUGUUUGGUGCUGCUGUGUGUUCUUCUGCUGACUGCAGUCAUAGUGCUGUGUGUCCACAUCCAUACAAAGAGCUCAAACUACACACAAGAGACACACCAGCUACUAACUAACAUCACCAACCUCUCAGAAGAGAGAGACCAGCUGAAAAUAAAGAACAAAAACCUGACCAAUGAGAGAGACCAGCUACUAAACAAGAACAUAGCCUUGACAAAUGAAAGGGAUGAAUUAACUAAAGAAAGAGACCAGUUCAAUCAGAAGAGAAAUGAACUGUGGAAGUUGCUCAAUGAAAUGGGUGGAUAUAUUUACCAAUCCAGUCUUUACUUCAUUUCCUCUGAGAAGAGGAACUGGACUGAGAGCAGAAGAUACUGUACAGAGAGAGGAGCAGAUCUGAUCAUCAUCAACAACAGAGAGGAACACGAGUUUGUUAAAAAGAUGUCUGGUGGUGCUGGAGUCUGGAUUGGUCUGACUGACAGUGAUGUGGAGGGCAGAUGGAAAUGGGUUGAUGGCGCCAACAUGACCUCUGGAAAGCAGCACUGAACAUCUAAUGCUGAUCUGUUGAUGCAGGUUCUGGAGGUCUGGAGAACCAAAUGGAUAUAAAAAAGAGAACUGUGCUGUGUUAUAUUCAUCAGGGUGGUAUGAUUAUCCCUGUAAUGAUGCAUUUAAAUGUAUCUGUGUGAAAAAUAUUUAAAAAAAAAAAAAAAAAAAAAAAAAGAGCAAUUAAAUAUAUUUGUGAA